GGCGGCCUUACGCCGCUGACGUAGCGCGCCCAAGAUGGCGGCGCGGUCGUCGGCGGGGGCGGUGGCGGCGCAGGGGGCGGCGGCCGGGGCGACGACUGCGGUGAGGGCGGUGCGGGGCCUGGGUCGGGGGCAAUGAAGCGGCCGCGGCGGGCUGGCUGCGGAGCCGAGUAGCGGACGCGCCAGCCUUCUCCCCUCCUCUGCCGAGCCGGGGGCGCGCGCGCACGCGGCCGUCCGCAGCAGGCUCCCCCUCGACUCCGAUCCUCACAGCACCCCCACCGGGCCGGAGGAUGAUGAAGCUCAAGUCCAACCAGACCCGCACCUACGACGGCGACGGCUACAAAAAGCGGGCCGCGUGCCUGUGCUUCCGCAGCGAGAGUGAGGAGGAGGUGCUGCUUGUAAGCAGUAGUUGCCAUCCAGACCGAUGGAUUGUCCCUGGAGGAGGCAUGGAGCCAGAGGAGGAGCCUAGUGUGGCGGCAGUCCGGGAAGUCUGUGAGGAGGCUGGAGUAAAAGGGACAUUGGGAAGAUUAGUUGGAAUUUUUGAGAACCAGGAGAGGAAGCACAGGACCUACGUCUAUGUACUCAUCGUCAAGGAGGUGCUGGAAGACUGGGAGGAUUCAGUUAACAUUGGAAGGAAGAGAGAGUGGUUUAAAAUAGAAGAUGCCAUAAAAGUGCUACAGUGUCACAAGCCUGUGCAGGCUUCAUACUUUGAGACGCUGAGGCAAGGCUACUCCGCCAACAAUGGCAACCCCAUCGUGCCCACCACAUACUCCAGUUCCAGGUCAGGCGUCAGAUGACUGCAGACUUCCUGUAGGAGUGGAGCAUGGACACCAGACUGAAGCUCCCCCUCACCCCCUCGCCCUCCUCACGGCCCCUCUUCACCUGAGCAUGGUGGGCAGCAGAGAGGGCGAGCUGAGGCAUCGCUGUGGGUAUGGAGUGACGUGGGCGGGUGUGUUGUGGUGGGGCUUUUUUUCCUUUUCCUGAGGGUGGGGGCCGGGGUGGAAUUCCCGUACUUUCUGCAUGCUCCAUCUCCCUUGCUGUGCCUGCCGUCCGAGGACCCUGCUUCCCUCUUGUUGUGAAGUGCCCUGUUCAUCGCACCCCAGCCCUGGCCAGACAUUUUCUCUUUUUAAAUUUUUUUUCAUUAAAAGGUACCUAUGUGAGAUGGAACUUUUUAAGAAUCUGUCCUGUAAUAUGCCUUUGAGUCCAGUAGAUUGGUCACUUGCCCCGCAGGAUCCAUUUAUCUACACAUUAUACUGGACAUAUAAUCUGUAAAUAAAUGGCUCUUAGAGGAGCAUGACUGCUUACUUUUUAGGGUUCUCGUUUGUUUUUAUCCUGGGUGUUUCUGAUCUGGAGACCCUGUUACUUACAUUUUUGUUUUGAUGCUAGUGGCUCAGCACGCUUCCUUGUUCUCUCCCACUGGCCACGGGCUGUCGUUCCAGAGGGUGCGAGGAGAGCCUUCCUAGGGCUCCCAGGUCUCCUGCCUUCUCUAAGCUGGGUUUGCAUGCCAAGGAGAAACAGGAAGGAACCUGUUUUCUGUUACCAAGCCAGGAGCAAAUGGCCUCAGCCCAGAUCCGGAGACACAGUGACAGAAAUUUUAUUCUGCCCUAUAUGUUAAUAAUAGGGUUUAAACUGGAUACUUUGUCUCAAAAACUGGACCAUCAGACAUCAUUUCUAUCCUGCUGCCUGGGAAUCCUUUCCAUAACGCUGUUUCUUGCUGACAUGGCCUCUCUGCCCAUGUAUGCUUUAUGCUGUGCUGACCUGGACAUGGUCCUGUGUUCUGAAACUGUAUGCACAGCCCUGUCCCUGUGCUGGGUAAACCUAUUGAGGCUCUGAGGAUAAUACUGGGGAAGUGUCUUGUCUCUGUGAUGUCAGAGCACGUGCAGAGGGCUGCACCUGGAGCAUUUGUCAGCUCACUCUCCACCUGGGUGUGAGAAGACAUCUGGGAGAGGACCCGCUUGUAACACAGCAGCUGCUAUAGGCUAUCCUAUGGGUGUUUCACACAAGCCUUGUGCUGAACCCAUCUGCCAGUUAUGUUUAGUUGGGAAGUAAAAAAGUCUUGGUAAGUGUCAUGAGUUGGGAGGAGAAGAGGGGACACUGCUCACUGGCUUAGCACAGGAGAGGGAGACCUUUGUGGCAUCUCCUGUGUUGAAACGUAGCCAAGAUGUGAACUUUAAGUAGUACAUCUCUUAAUUUAAAAAUUCUAAUAAAUACUCAAACCUUGAAAAGAAUUUGCUCUUCCCUCCCACUGAAAGGAAUGUGUAUGUGGAGACCUGUGUUGCUCAGCGCUCGACGGUCUGGGGCAUCAGUUGGUGAGCUCUAAAUGUUGCCCCCUCUCCAGUCUUCAUUCUGUCUCCCAGUGUUGAAACGUAGACAAAUCCAGUGGGGUUUUCUAGGGCGCUACCAUGCUUCUGGGUCAGAACUGGUGCCCAGAAGGUGGGGGACAGCCCACGGGGUUCUAGUCCAGAGGCCGACUUGCUUUCAGGUCCUGUUUGUAAACAUACUGCUUCUUGUUAUCCGACUUGGAGCAUUCUGAAGUCCAAACACACAGAGGAAAAUGAGUUCAAAGCCACAUCCUCCCAGACAAGCUGUACCUUUAUGGCCCAGCCCACCUUGCUGGGAAACCCAGUGCUCCUGGGAGGGGAAGUGCCAGUGGACCACUGCCUUCUCAGCGCUCUGCAGGUGUGCUGAUGAGCUGGCGUUUGAUAUCCUGCCCCAAAGAUCAGUUUUGAUUGUUGUUGGAGUCUUUGGAUCAAGAAAGUAAACUGUGCCGAGAAGUCCUUUGCAAUGGCGUUAGUGCUCUUAGCUGGAAAGAUGGGGCGCCAGCUCUGUCCGGGGCCACCAUCAGUAAUCUGGUGCCAGCCUCUGCUCUGAGGAGCGACCUGGUAUUUUUCCCUCCUGGCACCGGCAGCAUGAUGUGUGGUUGAUGUCCCUUUGUGUUAGAUUGCUUGACUCCCAGUCUCUUUAAGGGAAGUCAGAGGAACAAGCAAACUAAGAACCUACCCUGCAUGCAGACUGCCUCCUUGACAAUGAGUCGCUGCUGCUCUCCCAUGCUUGCUGUCAGCCUUGUUGGACCCGGGUUCCCACGUCUAGCCUCUGCAUUUCCCAGGUGCUGGUUGCUUCUCAAAAAUCUAUCAGAGUCCACAGUACUCAGCAUAGACCAAGACAGCAUUAGACAUCCUUACAUUUUUUAAAAAUUGAGUUGUUUCUUUGUUUAUAGAUUGUAGACUUUGGGGAGACACCAGUGAGGUCAUAUGACCUUUUGGACCAUGAUCUGCUCUGUGCAUGCAUGAGGUAUAAGUGAGAAGCUAGGCAUAGUUUAAUACCACAGCAGUGCCUACAAUCUAAGGAUUGGGAGGCUGAAGCAGGAGAGUUGCUGCAUGUUAAAGGCCAGCCUGGACUACAUAGUGAAUCUCUUUCUCAAAAAAGAAAAAACAACAGACCAGGAAAAAAGGGGGGAGAAAAAUACUACUAGGAUCGACUGUGUUUGAUUUUCUGUGGCUGCCCAGAAACAGCACAGUCACCAUACUGGGGUCCUGAUUCAUAGGAAGCAUAGAGGCUGGGAUGGUGGAUCCACAUGGUUUGUUUCCACACAUGUGCUCCAGUCCUCUCCAGUCUGCAUGGAGAAGGCUCCCUUGCUGCCUUGUGUGGCUGAGCCAAGGCUGGAUCAAAGGCCAUGGGAUGUCAUACACAUAUCCUUCAGGCCACUGGAGGCCUAGAGUCUGGGCACAGCAGGACUUCCGCUCUGUGCCUUAAUGCUGCACAGUCCCUGGAUCAUAUCUUGCAGGCGCACUAGCAGCCUCACUUCCUGCAGUCUCUGGGGAGCAGGGUAUGUCUGCCUCUUGGGAGUGGUUCGAAGUAUUUUGUAAACGUUGCUACAUGGUGAGGUUCCUUUGGUGGCAAAGAAAUAACUUUCUGUUUGGAUGCUAGGUGUAAGGUCCCUUAGAAGGUGAAGGCAGCUCCAAGCAGGUUUGAAAGAAGUUCUGUGUGAACUGUGCUUACUCCUUUUGCCCCUGGCCUCUCCGCAUGCCAGGCCCCUUUGGAGGCUGCUGUGGACUUCUGGAACCACGGGUGGGUUGGGCUUUUGUUUGGGUCACUGUCCUCCUUUGUCACUCCCACCCAGUGCUGGCCUACACCUUCGUCAGAGACCCCGUCUUCAUCAUUUUCAAGAGUAGCUCAACCUGGGCCAUGUUCUCCCUCUUGGGUCACAAGGGUGACCACAUUGUGAAUCUUGCUGUCUGCUUUUGCUAUGUCUGAAGUGUACUCUAUGCACAUAGGUGAGAUUGAGUCUAGAAUUAAGGGGGAAAUGAUUCUUCUGCUUCAAGAGAAAGGGAGUUGACUGUAAUGCAGUUUCGUUGUGGGCCUGUCUGCAUCUCAGAUAGAAGCUCACAUCUUCCCAGAAAGGGGCAGCAAGACAAGCCAUUUGGCAGCCGCUGUUCUCCACUGCCCGGGGCAGGGCUGGCCUCUCUUCUGUGAUGUUGUGUGGAGCCUAUUUGGAGCUUGUUUCCUUUGGACUGUUGAGCUGCCCAGUAGUGAUAUUGCCCUCCCAACCCCCAUCACUUGGAGUGGACAGGAAGGGACCUAACAUCAACUUCUGACCUCAGUGCCCAGGGGAGCUGCGUCUUCCACGGCUCUGUAGUUGUCAUUUAAAGCAGUGAAUGAGAGAUUUUGAGGUAGAAAGUACAGUGGGAGCAUCGACCGCCAUCGUGGAAGUUCCUGUGUUCCUGUUGAUGUGAGCCACCCAGGUUCCUGGAGCCUCCCAGCCCUACCGAUCAACGAUUUUUGCAUCAGCCCCUGAAACUUGUACUUGGAGGGUCCUGAGAAGCCUGAUCAGGGGUCUGAGGAAGUGUCCUUUCUCACCAUCACAGUGAUUGACUAGCCUGUCUGCCCAGCCCUUUUUUUUUUCCCUGGCCUUUUUGAGACAGAGUCUCCCUAUAGCCCCAGCUGGCCUGGAACUCACUACGUAGACCAGGCUGGCCUUGAUCUCACAGAGAUCUGCCUGUGGAUCAUGCCCAGCUUCCCAGCCCUUUUAAAAUUGGGAUAUUGGGACAUACAUCUUGAACUGAGGCCAACAGUUACAUGAUUUUGGCAAUCUCCAGCAUGUAACUUUUGAAGUAAGAACCACACCUCUCCCUGAAACCCAGAGCCUAAUGAGGAUUUCAUAAGCUUGUCUUAGAAAUUGGGACUGCCUCCUGGGAAGGGGAGCCCAAAGGGAAGGCUGUUCUGAGUUCAGAGACCAGAGGGGCUGUGCUGGGGAGAAGGCCCUGGUAAGCUGGCCCUUCAGAAGACGGUGGCAUCUUGUCCCGUCUUUUUUCAGUGGUCAGUUGUAUCACUCCAGGUUUUCUGUAAGAAUAGGUUUGAACUGCAACACUUCUUUAACUUUAAAACCCAGAAUAUUGGGUUUACAGGCUGCAGAGACAGCAGCAGCAUUUUGCCAGGUUUUUAGUCUUCCAAUGGUCUGCUGGCCUUACAGGACCUCCCCCAAGUGCUGGGCAGCUCAGGACUCCACUGUGGCUACUCGGGAGAAUGUUGGUGCAUCCCAGCACUCUGUGAAGGCUCUCCAGGUGUGAAAAAUUCCAAAAUAGGAAGGGGCCUUUUAACUUCUUAGGGGAAGUCACGAUGCCUCAAUGCCUCUGUCUGACUGUUGGGCCUUAAGACUCUGGUCUGUGGGUGCCCUCUCUGGGAGUCAUUCUGCCUGGGACAUAGCCUGCAAAUUCCUGCCAGCCGUGUCUUGAUUCCAGUUGUCUUCCCAGCACUUUUGCCUGAAUUGAAAGCAUUCCCCUAAACCAGUGAUGGCUCAGUAGCUUCUCUCCCACCACAGUGUUCACUGAAAAAAGGCUUGUCCAGCCCAACCCUUGGUUUUCAGCCCUCUCCUGUGACAGAGAAAAUGUGUCACUGAGUGGUCCGGAGGACAGCUAGUUUGGGUCACUCUUUCCCUACAACUUAACAGACUUGACUUUGACAGAGGAAGGUCAAGACUGUUGUAGAGACCCAGGAAUAGGACAGGACCACCCACGAGCAGGUCUGAGGUGAGGCUUGAGGGAACUCUUGAAGUGCAGGCAGGACCAGGGGCCUUUCCAUGGAGAGCAAGAGGCCGUGUCCUCCCAAGACAGAAGGACAGCAGAAGGGAGGGCUGGGCCUCUGAGCUCCAGCCCCCAGACGGAAUCCACAUCUGUGGUGCUGAGCAUUGUUCCUCAGAACUUUCCAAGGGGACUGUGUCUUCCAAAAUCUUACCUUCAGGCCACGGUAGCUCAUAGCAACAUAGGUUCACUGUGCAGAGUGCCAGGACCACAGUGUGGCAAUUAGUAGUUACAAAUCAGCUGGUCCAGUCUGUUAUAAAAGGAGUAGUAUGUGUUGUCUUUGUUUAAAGGAAGUCAGGAGCCCUUGAAGAUGCUAGGACAUGAAAGCACAGCACUGUCUGCCUGCUUGGGAGAGACAGGAGCUAGGCCUCGGGGGCAUCCUCUCCCUGCUUUGCCAGCCCCACCUGCUUCUUGGACCCUAUCUUCACUCUGUAUAGAACUCAGUGCGAGAUGGGCACUGAGGGGCGGCCAGGCCCUGGCUAUAGGAUGUGUUCUCUGGUAUGGCUCUGUAGGGCCACCUCCCCUUCCUUACCCUGCUCCACAUAGCAGUGGGGUGAUCCCUCCAUUAAAGGUUCCCCAGAUGGACUUCACCCCUGUGAUAGGUGUCCUGUCCGCACAUGGUCUCCUCGUCCAGCAAGUCCACCAGAUGGGGGCAAAGUAGCUGAGAUGUGCUGGGUAUAACUUUCAUCUUCAGACAUUUUAGAUGAAGUGAAAUGGUCAAAUCUAGAAAUGUCUCCAGAGCUGAAGCAGAGCCCAGGCCCAGGCGCCCAGGGUCUCAUAGUUGUAGAGGUGCACAGUGGCACAGCUGACAGACCCCAUGUUCUCUGCAGAAGGUGCAGGAAUGGUGCCAAAUGAGCUGGACAGGACAUUCUACGGAAUGGCCCUUGGGGGGAAGGGAGGGGUGGUGCAGUCUUCAACCUCUUGGCACGAGGUAAUCAAGUAGGAAUUCAGGGUGAUAGUACCCUUCUUCUGGUGGCAUGUGGUCCUAGUUCCCAUUUCUCCCCCAACAGCCUUGCCUGGCACUGCGUGGAAAGUCAAGCAUUUCUUGCUGUUCUCGGCCACCAGCCCGGCCUGGCCCCUCUCCGGGUGUCCUCACACUCUGCUGAGGAGGUCCUGGCAGUGCUCUUGAGCAAUAGGAGAAAUGGAAUUUGCUCCUGAAAAAGCAGAAGGAAGUGGAGUUUUCCUGUUAGCUUUUCUCAGGGCAGUACUCACGUGUGCCGCCCCCCCCCCACCUUUCCCACAGCUGUAGACGAGGGUGGAGAGGAAAGGCUUGGCCUUAGACAGGAAGACAGCAGGUGCCAUCAUGGCCCCCCCUUACAGCAGCCAUCAGGAGCCAUCCCCCCACCCCAUGAGUCUCAUGCUAACACAGACCCUCAUGUACGUAGGCCAGCAGCCAAGACAGCCAGCCUCUGCCAUGGUCCAGAGAGCAUUUUGGCACGUGUACAUCCUCCCUCUCCCACAGCCCACCUCUGUACAAACAAACCCUAACCCUGUGAGUGUUGUCCUUUCUGUGUGCUAGUCAGUGGGAAGGGCCCUGGAGCUAUAGAUUGUAAUCUGUUGCCAACCAAUAAAACCAGUAUUUCACACA